UCCACAAGUAGUCGAAGAAAAGAAAUGAGGCAGGCCUCAUUCUGGAAAAGAAUCAUGGACAUCCCCAUUUUUAUCGUGGAUGCAUUUACCAAUUUACCUUUCAAAGGUAACCCAGCAGCUGUGUGCCUGCUGCAAAAACCAUUGACAGAGGAUUUGUACCAAAAAAUUGCAACAGAGAUGAACUUGUCUGAAACAGCCUUUAUCGUUUGCAAAAAUGCAACUGACAGCUUCUGCACAGCAUCACGUUUUAAUUUACGCUGGUUCACUCCCACUAAUGAGGUAAACCUCUGUGGACACGCCACUCUUGCCUCCUCUGCUAUUCUCUUUUACCACAAAAAAAACAGCAAUGGGGUGAUUGCAUUUGACACGCUGAGUGGAGAGCUCUGCAUCCGCUUGCGUGGGGACAGCAUUGUCAUGGACUUCCCACUCUAUGCCACUGUUCCCCAGGAACGACAAGAGAUUGCGGAAUUAAUCAAAGUCGUUGUGGGGGACUUGCCCUUAGAAGAUCUACGAUACAGCGGAGACACCAAGAAACUGCUGCUGAGACUUGCAGACACGUGUGAUGUGUCGGCGCUGACGGCCCUGAAGCCUGACCCGCAGCUGAUGAUGAAGAGCGACAGCUCGGGCAGGAUCAAAGGGGUGAUCGUCACCAUGAGGGGCGCUCCUCAAGCACAGCCUGGCUACGACUUCUUCUCCAGAUACUUCGCCCCAUGGAACGGCAUACCUGAGGACCCCGUAACAGGAUCAGCACAUUCAGUCCUUGCCAAAUACUGGGGAGACCAACUGGGGAAGCAGAAACUACUCGCCUACCAGAGCUCCAUCCGAGGGGGAGAGCUACAGCUGGAGAUUAAGGGCCAGAGGUUGGACAUAGCGGGCCACGCCGUGUCAGUCCUGCAGGGAAAGCUCUCCUUCUAGACCUGUGCAGAUUACCUUCCCUAGCUAAAAAAACAGUAGAAAUCCAGUUUAAAACUCCAGUUGAAAACCAACUGGUUUCAACUGUUAAGCACUGUACUCUUACUAAAUCCAGCUGGCUUUAUAUGGAAAUUACAACACUAUUGCUGGUCAACCUGUUGGGCCAGUAGAGACCAACAGACCAGUAAGUGUUCUAAUUUCCAUAUACACGUAAAACCAGUUAGGUUUUCAAAUGAAGACACUCAUUUUUCCAGCCGUUUUCAACUUGGUUUCUACAGAAUUUUCAUGCUAGACCUUUUUCCCGCAAGGCAAUGAGCUGCUUCAGUCUGGUGACGUUAUAGCGGACUUCACAGCACCACAGAAUCACAGAACCUCACAGAAUCAGAUCACAGAACCUCAGCAGCCACUUUAGUGAGCUCUUCCAUUCUGUAAAAUUAAUACAAGCUGUUUCAGUCAGCUUUUCCCAUGAUUUUGAAGCAAUAGUUGUAGUUUAAUUAACGCAUAAAUGGCAGUGAGCUAUGGAUAUGAGUCUCAGUUUAUUAUAGCAUGUAAAAUUUGACAGUAUUUCCUUAGUUUAGGGUGUUGUUGCUAAACGAUGUGGAGUAAGGCCUGCAUUUCAGUUUCAAAUCCAGUGUUUCUACCUGUAAUACUGAAUGUAACAUACUGUGCAUACACCAUUCAAUCCCCAACUGUAUGGUACCGUGGGAGUACAAUGUUACACACUUUGUUUCACAGAAAUUAGUCAAAAUAAAGCCCCAUUAUUCUAACAACACUGA